UGGGGGGCGGCAGGGGCGGGGCCUGGAAGGAUUUCAGCUAUGGUGGCCUGAAGGGGAACACUGGCAGAUAGGGCGGGCCUUCUGGGGUGGCCCCGCCCAUAAGGCCGGGCCACGCCCCCCACAGUGCUUGCUAAUGUGCUGGAGCCGACUCCUCCCUAACUGUUGAGGCCACGCCCCCGUGCGGAGGCCACGCCCCCUCCCCAUAGCCAGUCCACAUGGCCAAGCCAGCCCUCUCCCCCCACGUUUUCCCCCCCCCAGGGCUGUCAGCAUGGCGGGAGCGACGCCACCAGCAGGGCCGGCCGGGUCCCGGGCGGGGGCUGCAGGCACGGCUGACCAGCCCUACGCCUGCCGGGAGUGCGGCAAGGCCUUCAGAUGGUCAUCCCGCCUGGCCCACCACCAACGCAGCCACACGGGUGAGCGGCCCUACAAGUGCCCCGAGUGCCCCAAGGCCUUCAAGGGCUCCUCCGCCCUCCUCUACCAUCAGCGAGGCCACACGGGCGAGCGGCCCUACGCCUGCCCCCAGUGCGGCAAGGCCUUCAAGCGUUCCUCCUUGCUGCAGACCCACCAGCGGGUUCACACGGGUCUGCGGGCCUUCGAGUGCGCCCAGUGCGGCCUCACCUUCAAGUGGGCAUCCCACUACCAGUACCACCUCCGGCAGCACACCGGCGAGCGGCCCUACCGCUGCCCCGCUUGCCCCAAGGCCUUCAAGAACUCUUCCAGCCUCCGCCGUCACCGUCACACCCACACCGGCGAGCGGCCCCACGCCUGCCCCAUCUGCGGCAAAGCCUUCGCCCAAGCCACCAACCUCCGGCAACACCAGCGGGUCCACACCGGCGAGCGGCCCUACGCCUGCCCCCAGUGCGGCAAGACCUUCACCCACUCCUCCAACCUUCUCCUCCACCGCCGCACCCACGCUGGCACCCGGCCCCACGAGUGCCCAACCUGCGCCAAGGCCUUCGUCUCUGAUGCCUGCCUGCAGAAACACCUCCAGAGCCACGCUGGCCAUGCUGCCAUGCCGCCGCUCCUCCCGGUGCCUGCUGCGGCACCAGAGACACUCUGGAGGUGCUCUGCCUGCCCAUUGAGCUUCACCAGCAAGGAGGAGCUGCUGGGCCACCAAAGCAGCCACUCAGUGACAGCAGUGACCUCCCCAGCCACCCCCCACCGCUGCCCCACCUGCGGAAAGACCUUCAAGAACAGCUCAGGGCUGGCCCGGCAUCGGCACGGCCACGCUGCCGAGCGGCCCUUCAAGUGCACCAUCUGCCCCAAGACCUUCACCCAGUUGGCCGGGCUGUUGGGCCACCAACGCAGCCACCCCGCUGCUGUCCCACCGCACCCUCCCCCUGAGGCUCCUCACCCCCCAGCAGCACCCCAGCCUGCCCCGGAGCGCCCUUACCAAUGCACUGAGUGUGGCAAAGCCUUCAAGGGCUCCUCGGGGCUGCGUUACCACAUGCGGGACCACACGGGCGAGCGGCCCUACGCCUGCCGUGAGUGUGGCAAGGCCUUCAAGCGUUCCUCCCUCCUCCAGAUCCACCAGCGGGUUCACACAGGGCUGCGGGCUUUCGAGUGCGCCCAGUGCGGCCUCACCUUCAAGUGGGCAUCCCACUACCAGUACCACCUCCGGCAGCACACCGGCGAGCGGCCCUACCGCUGCCCGGACUGCCCCAAAGCCUUCAAGAACACCUCCUGCCUCCGCCGCCAUCGCCAGCUCCACACCGGCGAGCGGCCCCACGCCUGCCCCAUCUGCGGCAAAGCCUUCGCCCAAACCUCCAACCUCCGGCAACACCAGCGGGUCCACACCGGCGAGCGGCCCUACGCCUGCCCCCAGUGCGGCAAGACCUUCACCCACUCCUCCAACCUCCAGCUCCACCGCCGCACCCACUCAGCCGCCCGUCCCUACCGCUGCCCGCUCUGCCCCAAGGCCUUUGUCAUGGCCUCCUACCUCCAGCGUCACCUCCGCACCCACGCUCCCGGGCCCCGCGGGACCCCCCGACACCCCCCUCCGCCCGCUGCUGAACCCCAGACCUUCCUGCUGGUGCAGACCCCCCAGGGCCUGCAGCUCAUCCCCAGCCCUCCGGCACCCCCGCGGAAGCUCCUCCUGCUGCCCAGCUCCCCAGCUGAGCCCCCUGCCUUCACCCUCCUGCCCGCCGAGGGUCCCCCGCCCCAGGCGGGGAAGGGUCCCCAGGCAUCGGGACCCUCCACUGCCGGGCAGAGCAUCCUGUUGGUACCUGGCACAGGACAGGCGCUGCCCGGUGUCCAGCUCCAGGCAGUGGCGGGGGCUCCAGCUGGGGCCAGCGUCAUUGUCCUGAGGGGUGGCGUCAGUGGUGUCCUCCCCCCGCGAGGGCCGCAGGCCCCUGAGGUCACCGGUGUCCAGCUGCAGGCAGCAGAGGUGACCAAUGUCCAGCUCCAAGCCCUGCCACAACCCUUGGAGGUCACCAAUAUCCAGCUCCAAGCUGCCGAGGUGACAAAUGUCCAGCUCCAAGCCACGGAGGUGACAAGUGUCCAGCUCCAAGCUCUGCAGCAGCCCUUGGAUGUCGCCAACAUCCAGCUCCAAGCUGCCGAGGUGACAAAUGUCCAGCUCCAAGCCCUGCCACAACCCUCCAAGGUGACCAACAUCCAGCUCCAGGCCAGUGAGGUGACCAACGUCCAGCUCCAAGCCCUGCCACAGCCCUUGGAUGUCACCAACAUUCAUGUCCAAGCUGCUGAGGUGACUAAUGUCCAGCUGCAAGCCCUGCCGCAGCCUUUGGAUGUCACCAACAUCCAGCUCCAAGCCAGUGAAGUGACAAAUGUCCAGCUGCAAGCCCUGCCACAGCCCUCCAAGGUGGCCAACAUCCAGCUCCAUGCUCUGCCACAACCCUCGGACGUCACCAACAUCCAGCUCCAAGCUCUGCCACAACCCUCGGACGUCACCAACAUCCAAUUGCAGGCUGCAGAGGUGACAAAUGUCCAGCUGCAAGCCCUGCCACAACCCUUGGAUGUCACCAACAUCCAGCUCCGAGCCCUGCCGCAACCCUCUGAGGUCACCAACAUCCAGCUGCAGGCCACGGAGGUGACUAAUGUCCAGCUGCAAGCCCUGCCACAGCCCUUGGAUGUCACCAACAUCCAGCUCCGAGCCCUGCCACAACCCUCUGAGGUCACCAACAUCCAGCUGCAGGCCACGGAGGUGACUAAUGUCCAUCUCCAAGCCCUGCCACAGCCCUCUGAGAUCACCAACAUCCAGCUCCAAGCUCUGCCUCAGCCCUCAGAGGUGCCCAGUGUCCAUCUCCAGGCCACAGAGGUGACAGAUGUUCAUCUCCAGGCCACGGAGGUGCCCAGUGUCCAUCUCCAGGCCACGGAGGUAUCCAAUGUCCAGCUGCAGACCACAGAGGUGACAAAUAUCCAUCUCCAAACUACCAAGGUACCCGACAUCCAUCUCCAAGCCACAGAGAUGUCCAACAUCGAUCUCCAAACCACUGAGGUCCCCAGUGUCCAUAUUCAAACCACGGAGGUUCCCAGUGUCCGUCUCGAGCCCACAGAGGUGCCUGACAUCCAUCUCCAGGCCACAGAGGUGCCCAAUGUCCAACUCCAGGCCAUAGAGGUGCCCGACAUCCAGCUGCAGACGACAGAAGUACCCGAUGUCCAUCUAGAAACCACUGAGGUUCCUGAUGUCCAUCUUGAAACCACUGAGGUGCCCAACAUCCAUCACCAAACCAUGGAGGUGUCCAGUGUCCAUCUCCAGGCUGCAGAGGUGCCCAGCGUCCAUCUUCAGGACACAGAGGUGACUACUGUCCAGCUGCAAGCCACUGAGGUGCCCAGCAUCCAUCCCCAAACCAUGGAGGUGACUAAUGUCCAUCUCCAGGCCGCAGAGGUGCCCAGUGUGUGUCACCAAACCACUGAGGUGCCCAGUGUCCACCUCCAAGUCACAGAGAUGCCCAGCGUCCAUCUCCAGACCACAGAGAUGACCAAUGUCCAUCUCCAAGACACCGAGGAGUCCAGUGUCCAUCACCAAAUGAUGGAGGUGUCCAACAUCCAUCUCAAGAUCACGGAGGUGCCCAACAUCCAACUGAAGACAAUGGAGGUGACAAAUGUCCAUCUCCAGGCCACUGAGGUGCCCAACUCCUGUCACCAAAUGAUGGAGGUGCCCAGCGACCAACUCAAGACCACGGAGUUGCCUAACAUGCAUCUCAAGACCCCAGAGGUGCCUAAUGUGCAACUGAAAGCCACAGAGGAGGUGCCCAACAUCCAUCUCAAGACCUUGGAGGUCCCCAACAUCCAACUCAAGACCGUGGAGGUCCCCAACGUCCAACUCAAGACCGUGGAGGUGCCCAACUUCCAACUCAAGACUGUGGAGGGGCCCAGCAUCCAACUCAAGACCGUGGAAGCACCCAGUGUCCACCUCGAGCCCACGGAGGUGACAAAUGUCCAUCUCCAGGCUGCAGAGGUGCCCAGCAUCCAGCCCCAGCCCCCUGAGGUGCUCGUGGCCGGGGGGGCCCCGUCGCCCUCCCCAUCCCCACGGCUGACGGUGGUGGGGGCGGCUGGGGGGCUACCCCCUGUGUUGCUACUGCAGGGGGCCGGAGGGGGACCUGCCCGCCUCUGCCUGCAGGCUUUGGCCCAGCUGCCCCCCCCCGGACCCCCCCGGAUCCUCCUGGUCCGGGGUGAGCCAGUACCGGCAGGCAGCGGUGGGGCGCAGCCCCCCACCCCUGCCCGGGGGGUGUCUGGGGGUGGCAGCAGUGGUGGGGGGACAGGGACAGGAGCCCCAGCCCCAGAGCUGCCCAAUGUCCCACUGGUUCACACCUUCUGAGGGGGGGGGGUGGACACCCUGGGACCACCCCAGGGUCCCUCAGGACUCCCCUGUGGAGCCGGAGCUGGGGGGGGCUCAGCCCUGGGGUCCCACUGAUGCACAUCAUACGGGGUGGGGGGGGGGGGGCCGGACCCCCCAUGAUCCCCGGGACCCCCAGAAUGCCCCAGGACUCCCCAGCACCCCCCAAGGGCACUCGGGACCCCCCCAUGGUCCCCCCAGCCACCCCUGCAGAGCCGGAGCUGGGGGUGGGUUUAGCCCUGGAGGCCCGGCGGGGUGGGGGGAGGGUCGGGCCCCCGGACGCCUGGGUCCGCCGUGGGCGUGGUCAAUAAACGGCGGCCCGCCCCCCACCGCCCCUG